GGGUCGCGCUCAGACUCCGCGAGCCAGUCGCAAGAAGCGCGCGCGCACGCAGCGACACGACACGAACGACUCUCGCGAAUUGUUUAUUGUAUAGUUAGAUAGUUACAUGGCAAUAGUUUGACUUUUUUAUUAUGUGAUAAUAUAUUUUAUUUAGCAUUCGUGUGUAAGGUUAUUUAAUCGCUAUUAUUUAAGAAUCUCGUCUAAAUAAGAUUAUUUAAUUUUUUGUUAAAAUACGUAAUUAAGUGGGACCAAAAUGACUAUAAAAAAUAAAAAGACUAAACAAUCGAGUUCGUCCGAAGUUACAUCAUCGAAGAGUGCAUCGACUAGUGUCCAGAAGUCUAGCACAUCGACAUCUGUGCAAAAAAGUAGCAACACUCUACAGAAGGUCAGCUCUUCUGGUAAGAAAGUACGCUACAUUGAUGUUAAAGUCGAAGAGGAUGAUCCGCUCAUGAUUACGGAUAUUUCCGAUCAUGCAUCGAUAAGUGGUUCUACUAUAUCAGAGCAUUAUAAUAGCCACCCAAACUAUAUAAUAACUGAGGCUCCUUCAGUCUCUGAUUUGUCACAGAUAAGAUCUCAUGAACACCACGUGAGCGAUAUGGCUCAAGCUACUACUGGUGAGUUUAUAUCUAGCUCUGUGCUUCAGGAGUCCUCAUCAUCACACCAACAGAGUUCUAAAAGUGAAACAUAUGAGACCUCUUCGACUUCUGUUCAACACUCUGGUUCCAGUCACAGUCAAACUUUUGACAGAACCAUGGACUCUUCUGUUGACAAUCAAACACUGAAUACGGCAUUUAUAGAUAAUGCGGCACAUACAACAGGAUCAAGUAAUACGUUCCUGUCAAGAUCAAAUGGAGCAAAUGUAACGGAUUCUUUUAUUCAAUCUGAGCGUCAAAAUUUAAUAAAUCAACAAUCAAGUUCCAAUCAAAAUCAAAUGAGGAACCAGUUUACUACAAAUGUAACAAAUACCAGUUCGGGUGUUUCAAAAAAUAAAAAUAUUCGCGAGAAUGAACGUAGCACAGGUAUUGACCCCUCGAGGCGAGUCCAAACCGUGGGAUCAGAUCGUUCUAAUUUUUAUGGUGGAGAAGGUACGUUGGACAAAAGUGGUAAGACAAAGGAGUAUAGCAGCACAUCACAUUCCAGUGAGUCUAAAACCAGCAAUGUAACAAAAUCAUCAUCAUCUUCAUAUGUUGUUGAAAUUGUCGAUGGAAAAGAACGUAUAAUUGAUAGCUCUAAAAGAGAAUGGGGUGAUGCUCAAGAACAUGCAACUAAAGAAGAUUAUGCAAGUGUUAGUGGAACUGGCAUUAAAACGGAAACGGCUUAUGGUAUUCAAAAUUACGACAUGAAAUCCAAAUAUGAUACUGGUAAAGACGGAAGCAAGCCAAUUAGUGAAAUGACUAUGAAAGAAAAUUCAAAAUUUGUAAAAGAUGGAAAUCAGAUCACAAGCCAUGAAAGUAUAAUAUCUCAAAAAGAUAAUGCAAUACAACAACAACACAGUUCGACACAAGAGCAAAUAAUGUCUAGUGAUUUGAACCAAGAAAAUAUAUCUAGAGACAAUAUUCAGAAUAUAUCAUCUACUGAUAUAAACAGCCGUCGCACUGAUAAAAAUAUCGUCGAAAGUAAUACCAUACACAGUAACAAAGUUAACCAUGAAACAAACAAUCAAAUUAGCAAUGUCAGGCGCAAUUUCAAUCAAACUGAUGCAUCUAACUUUUAUGGCUACGACUCGACAAUACAGAAUCAACUUAAAAAAGUUGGCAAUAUUUUGCAAGUUGCCGAUAUAGAAAACCUUAAUUAUUCAACGAAAAUUUUAAAGAGUAAUACUAGCAGUGCUCAGCAAGAGUCGAAAUCAUCAUAUUUGUUGGAAGUUGUAGAUGGAAAACAAAGAAUUGUAGAUAGUUCCCAUAGAGAAUGGGGAGACAGUAAAGAUCGAUCUACUUACGAAAAAAGUCAUCAAAUAAGUGGUACUGGUGUAAAACCAGAACAUGAGUAUUCGCGUCAUGUUUUGGACAAAGAAUCAUAUUAUGAUACUGGAAAAGAGGGAAUACCUAAAAGUGGCACGUACGUUACAGAGGAAUCUGCUUUAUAUAAAAAUGGAAAAGAAAUUGCUUCAACUAGUAAUACUUACGGCGGUGACUUCAGAAAGAAGCCAGCUAUUACUGAACAUCCUACUGACAGAGAUGACAUUCAACAGACAGGAAUAACUACUACAUCGACACAUAAAGAUAUGAAAUCUGAUAAUAACGUUACUACCAGCGAUACACAAUCAUACGUCCAAGACACUAAAGAUGUUACAAAAACCACUGAAUUUAUCACGUCUGAAAAACAAAACCUCAGCAAGGAGACUUCUUCUACAUCGAAAUCAAAUACUAAAGAUACUUUAACUACUUAUGAAAGAAGUACUGGAACAUGGAAUGGUAAGUUUACAUACGAAACUGAUGAUGAUAGACCCAAGAGACCAAAACAAAGGUCUCCUUUUGGUAGACCUGAACAGCCAAAACAUCACUUAAAAAGGCAAGACACGGAAGAAAAUAUAAUAUUAUCUUCUAGAGAUAUAAAAGACUUUACAUCUAUUAGUGAUUUGCGAAAAAUCAUUGAAACGUCUCAAACGAAUAAAGACAUUACCGUCAGUAACAAUAACAUUGUUAUAAAGAGAAAUAUAGAUGACAGAGUAUUAAAGGAAAUUAUAGAUACAGUUAAAAAGUAUCCAUUCAAGAGAAUAGACAAAGUUUCUUUUGGAACUAAGAUUAAUGAAGACGUAAAAGACUUGUACGAAGGAAUCGAUACCGAGCAAACUACUAUUAUAAAUACUACAACUGGCGAUACUAUUAAAAAAUCGUUUGAGGUUGAGAAAACAAAAAGUCAAAUUGAAGUAACUCGUUACAUUAAUGAUAAUGGUAUCACUAGAAAAAUAACUACUUAUGAAGAUGCGAAAGAAGACGAGAAAAUAAAGACUGACGUUUUUGUCGACAAUAGCUCGUUAGACAUCAAAAACUUGAAGGAUGUCCGUACAACGAAAGAUAUACGCGAAUACGACGUGGUCGAUCGCGCUAUCACUGACACCACGAGGGAAGACACUGUCGUCAGCACCAUCUACGACGAGACCAUCAUAGAUGACCGAAAAACUGUGCGAGAUGACAGGAACGUCGUUGAAAAAACUGUCUACAUAGAAGAGACCAGGCCAAAACAAGGUGGCCCCAGAAAACCAGAGAAAAUAAUCGAGAAGGAACAGUGCAUAUGCGAAAUCUGUACUUGUGGGCGUCACCGCUGCCCACACAACGAUGUCCCGGAGCCAUUGUUCGAUGUGGAGCACACUACGAGCGUGGUCUCCGCAUACAAACAAGAUUACGACGAAAAACAUGUCAGCCGUACAACUGCUGUAUAUCAAGAAGAUCAUUUGAGGCUUGAAGGAGAUUUCCAGGAGCCUGAGCGUCCUCGUUGGCAACCUGUUGAGCGACCUAAAGCAACAAAACCAGAAGACAAUCUUAAACCUGAAGGCGAUUUUGAAAAGAGACGUCCAGAAGAGUGGCGCCCUGGUGAUAGGGCUCCCGUAAAAAAACCGGAAGAUAAUCUUAAACCUGAGGGUGAUUUUGAAAGACGUAAACCAGAUGAAUGGCGUCCUGGUGAUAGGGCUCCGACUCGUCGCCCUGAAGAUAAUCUUAAACCUGAAGGAGAAUUUACUACUCCAGAAAAGCAAAUCUGGCGGCCUGCAGAACGUCCAAAAGCCAGUAAACCAGAAGAUAAUUUGCGACCAGAAGGUGAUUUUGAGAAGCGUAAACCAGAAGAAUGGCGUCCUGGAGACAGGGCACCGACUCGUCGUCCUGAAGAUAAUCUAAGGCCAGAGGGAGAAUUCUCUACUCCCGAUAAAGAGCCUUGGCGACCAGCUGAACGUCAAAAACCUAAGAAACCAGAAGAUAACUUGCGACCUGAAGGAGAUUUCGAAAAGCGUAAGCCGGAUGAAUGGCAGCCAGGAGACAGAGCACCAGUCCGACGUCCUGAAGAUAACUUAAGACCAGAAGGUGACUUUGAAGAUCGACGACCAGAAAAGUGGAUGCCUGGUGAUCGUGCUCCUGUAAAGCGCCCAGAAGAUAAUUUAAAACCGGAAGGAGACUUCGAAAAAAGACAACCAGAACAAUGGCAGCCUGGUGAUCGAGCACCUACGCGCCGUCCUCAAGAUAAUCUUAAACCAGAAGGAGAGUUUACCACACCCGAAAAAGAGACAUGGCGGCCAGCUGAGCGCCAACGACCUAAAAAACCAGAAGAUAACUUGCGCCCUGAAGGUAAUUUUGAGAGACAUAAACCUGAAGAAUGGCAACCUGGUGAUAGGGCUCCAGUACGUCGUCCACAGGACAAUCUAAAACCUGAGGGUGAUUUUGAAGAUAGAAAGCCAGAGAAAUGGCAGCCUGGCGACCGAGCACCUGUCAAACGGCCAGAAGAUAACUUAAAACCAGAAGGUGAGUUUGAGAAAAGACGUCCUGAAGAAUGGCGUCCCGGUGAUCGAGCUCCGACGCGUCGCCCUGAAGACAAUCUAAGACCUGAAGGUGAGUUUACCACUCCUGAAAAAGAGCCAUGGCGUCCUGCAGAACGUCAAAAGGCCAAAAAACCGGAAGACAACUUACGCCCAGAGGGUGAAUUUGAAAAACGUAAACCUGAAGAAUGGCGUCCUGGUGAUAGAGCACCAGUCCGACGACCAGAAGAUAACUUAAAACCGGAAGGUGAUUUUGAAGACAGAAGGCCUGAAGUCUGGAGACCCGGUGACAGAGCUCCUGUUAAGCGUCCUGAGGAUAAUUUAAGACCUGAAGGAGAAUUUUCAACUCCAGAAAAACAACCGUGGAAACCAGCAGAACGACAAAGACCAAAAAAACCUGAAGAUAAUCUUAAACCUGAAGGAGAUUUUGAAAAAAGGACACCAGAAGAAUGGUUACCGGGAGAUAGGGCUCCCGUGAGGAGACCUAAUGAUAAUUUGAAACCAGAAGGUGAAUUCACUACGCCUAAAAAAGAAGAAUGGACACCAGCUGAAAGACCUCAACAAAAGAAACCAGUAGAUAACCUUAAACCUGAAGGUGAAUUUACAAAGCGACAACCGGAGGAGUUUAGACCAGCAGAAAAACCAAUAGUCAAAAAACCUCAGGAUAAUUUACGACCAGAAGGUGACUUUACGACUUCGAGAACAAUAACUGAAGACUACAAAGUAGUUACUGGUGAAAGAGCUGAAAUAAUACGACGUACCGAUAACAUAAUUACUGAAGGAGAAUUUGUAGAUUCAACAACAUCACGAACUGAGUAUACAUUGAAACCUGUCGAAAGACCGAAACCGGUUCGGAGGAACACUUGGACUAAAAUAGAAGGAGAUAUGAUAACUGAAACAACUUCACAGUCAGAAUACAUAGAUUAUACGGAUACAAUCGAGAGGACAACUUUAAUUAAACGUAAAACAGAUAAUUUGACGCAUGAAGGCGAAAUAGAUUUUGUUACGUCCAAUCAAAAAGAUUAUACUGAAAAAAAUACAACAAUAGAAAGGCCACAAAGGCGAAGAACAUGGACAAAAGAAGAUUUCGAUAAAUUUUAUUCAACAGAAAAUAUAGAAACUCUUACUACGACGCAAGAAGAAUACAGAACUUAUGAAGAAAAAGGUCCAAGACGAGCGGAGGUGAGAAAACCUAAGGAUAAUCUUAAACCAGAAGGUGAAUUCGAACAGCCAAAAUCUAAUGAGUGGAUUCCAGCUGAAAGGCCAAAGCCAAGCAAGCCAGAAGAUAAUUUACGACCUGAAGGUGAAUUCACAACACCCGACAAAGAAAAGUGGCGCCCUGCAGAACGGCCUGUUCAAAAGAAGCCGAAAGACAAUUUAAAACCUGAAGGUGAUUUUGAACAACCAAAAUUAGAAGAGUGGCGUCCCGCUGAACGGCAGACACCCACAAAACCUAAAGAUAACCUCAAACCAGAGGGCGAUUUUGAAACACCUGAAAAAGAGAAAUGGCGCCCAGCGGAGAGACCUAAAGCUACAAAGCCACAUGAUAAUCUCAGACCUGAAGGUGACUUUGAACAAAGACAGCCAGAAGAAUGGCAACCAGCAGAACGUCGGACACAAAGAAAACCGAAGGACAAUCUUAAGCCUGAGGGAGAUUUCGAGCAUCCUAAACCAGAAGAUUGGCGUCCUGCUGAGAGGCAAACACCUCAGAAACCUAAAGAUAAUCUCAAGCCAGAGGGUGACUUUGAAACACCUGAAAAAGAGAAAUGGCGCCCUGCAGAGAGACCUAAAGCUACAAAGCCUCAUGAUAAUUUAAGACCUGAAGGUGAUUUUGAGCACAGAAAGCCUGAAGAAUGGCAACCCGCAGAACGUCGGACACAAAGAAAACCGAAGGAUAAUCUUAAGCCUGAGGGAGAUUUUGAGCAACCAAAACCAGAAGAUUGGCGCCCUGCUGAAAGGCAAACACCUCAGAAACCUAAAGAUAAUCUUAAGCCAGAGGGUGACUUUGAAACACCUGAAAAAGAGAAAUGGCGCCCUGCAGAGAGACCUAAAGCUACAAAACCACAUGAUAAUUUAAGACCUGAAGGUGACUUUGAGCACAGAAAGCCAGAAGAAUGGCAACCUGCAGAACGUCGGACACAAAGAAAACCGAAGGAUAAUCUUAAACCUGAGGGAGAUUUUGAGCAACCUAAACCAGAAGAUUGGCGUCCUGCUGAGAGGCAAACACCUCAGAAACCUAAAGAUAAUCUCAAGCCAGAGGGUGACUUUGAAACACCUGAAAAAGAGAAAUGGCGCCCUGCAGAGAGACCUAAAGCUACAAAGCCUCAUGAUAAUUUAAGACCUGAAGGUGAUUUUGAGCACAGAAAGCCUGAAGAAUGGCAACCCGCAGAACGUCGGACACAAAGAAAACCGAAGGAUAAUCUUAAGCCUGAGGGAGAUUUUGAGCAACCAAAACCAGAAGAUUGGCGCCCUGCUGAAAGGCAAACACCUCAGAAACCUAAAGAUAAUCUUAAGCCAGAGGGUGACUUUGAAACACCUGAAAAAGAGAAAUGGCGCCCUGCAGAGAGACCUAAAGCUACAAAACCACAUGAUAAUUUAAGACCUGAAGGUGACUUUGAGCACAGAAAGCCAGAAGAAUGGCAACCUGCAGAACGUCGGACACAAAGAAAACCGAAGGAUAAUCUUAAACCUGAGGGAGAUUUUGAGCAACCUAAACCAGAAGAUUGGCGUCCUGCUGAGAGGCAAACACCUCAGAAACCUAAAGAUAAUCUGAAGCCAGAGGGUGACUUUGAAACACCUGAAAAAGAGAAAUGGCGCCCAGCCGAGAGACCUAAAGCUACAAAGCCACAUGAUAAUUUAAGACCUGAAGGUGACUUUGAACACAGAAAGCCCGAAGAAUGGCAACCUGCAGAGCGUCGGACACAAAGAAAACCGAAGGAUAAUCUUAAGCCUGAGGGAGAUUUUGAGCAACCUAAACCAGAAGAUUGGCGCCCUGCUGAGAGGCAAACACCUCAGAAACCUAAAGAUAAUCUCAAGCCAGAGGGUGACUUUGAAACACCUGAAAAAGAGAAAUGGCGCCCUGCAGAGAGACCUAAAGCUGUAAAGCCUCAUGAUAAUUUAAGACCUGAAGGUGAUUUUGAGCACAGAAAGCCCGAAGAAUGGCAACCUGCAGAACGUCGGACACAGAGAAAACCGAAGGACAAUCUUAAGCCUGAGGGAGAUUUUGAGCAACCUAAACCAGAAGAUUGGCGCCCUGCUGAGAGGCCAACACCUCAGAAACCUAAAGAUAAUCUGAAGCCAGAGGGUGACUUUGAAACACCUGAAAAAGAGAAAUGGCGCCCUGCAGAGAGACCUAAACCUACAAAGCCACAUGAUAAUUUAAGACCUGAAGGUGACUUUGAGCACAGAAAGCCCGAAGAAUGGCAACCUGCAGAACGUCGGACACAAAGAAAACCGAAAGACAAUCUUAAGCCUGAGGGAGAUUUUGAGCAACCUAAACCAGAAGAUUGGCGCCCUGCUGAGAGGCAAACACCUCAGAAACCUAAAGAUAAUCUCAAGCCAGAGGGUGACUUUGAAACACCUGAAAAAGAGAAAUGGCGCCCAGCCGAGAGACCUAAACCUACAAAGCCACAUGAUAAUUUGAGACCAGAAGGUGAUUUUGAGCACAGAAAGCCAGAAGAAUGGCAACCUGCAGAACGUCGGACACAAAGAAAACCGAAGGAUAAUCUUAAACCUGAGGGAGAUUUUGAGCAACCUAAACCAGAAGAUUGGCGUCCUGCUGAGAGGCAAACACCUCAGAAACCUAAAGAUAAUCUCAAGCCAGAAGGUGAAUUUCAAACACCUGAAAAAGAAAAAUGGCGCCCAGCUGAAAGACCAAAACCGACAAAGCCGCAUGAUAAUUUACGACCUGAAGGAGACUUUGAACAUAGACGGCCUGAAGAAUGGCAGCCCGCAGAACGUCCAAUUCAAAAGAAACCUCAAGAUAACCUCAAACCUGAAGGAGAUUUUGAACAACCGAGACCAGAAAAAUGGCGUCCUGCUGAGAGACAAACACCGACAAAGCCAAAAGAUAAUCUCAAGCCAGAAGGUGAAUUUGAAACACCUGAAAAAGAGAAAUGGCGGCCAGCGGAAAGACCAACACCCACAAAACCACAUGACAAUUUGCGACCGGAGGGUGACUUUGAACAAAGACAACCAGAACAAUGGCAGCCUGCAGAACGUCCAAUUCAAAAGAAACCACGAGAUAAUCUUAAGCCUGAAGGUGAUUUUGAGCAACAGAGACCUGAAGAAUGGCGGCCUGCUGAAAGGGUAACACCAUCAAAACCAAAAGAUAACCUCAGACCCGAAGGUGAAUUUGAAACUCCAAAACAGGACAAAUGGCGCCCGGCUGAGAUACCAAAACAAAAAAAGCCAGAAGACAAUUUACGCAUGGAGGGUGAAUUUACAACUCCUGAUAAAGAAAAGUGGCGACCUGCUGAAAGGCCUAGCCCAAAGAAACCUAAGGACAACUUGAAGCCUGAAGGAGAAUUUGAACAACCGAAAACAGAUAAAUGGCGUCCUGCUGAAAGACAAACUCCUCAUAAACCUAAAGAUAACCUCAAGCCAGAAGGUGAAUUUGAAACACCAGAAAAACAAAAGUGGCGCCCAGGUGAGAGACCCAAAGCUACAAAGCCACAUGACAAUUUACGACCUGAAGGUGAUUUUGAACAAAAGCGACCAGAACAAUGGCAACCUGCAGAGCGGCCUAUUCAAAAGAAACCAAAAGAUAAUCUUAAGCCAGAAGGAGAAUUCGAGCAGCCGAAAGUUGAUGAAUGGCGACCAGCUGAAAGACAAACGCCACAAAAACCUAAAGAUAACUUGAAACCUGAAGGAGAAUUUGAAAAACCAAAACAAGAUAAAUGGCAACCAGCAGAAAAGCAAACUCCUAAGAAACCACAAGAUAAUUUGAAGCCAGAAGGAGAUUUUGAAAAACCUGUACAUGAAAAAUGGCAGCCCGGUGAACGACCAAUUCAAAAACGGCCUCAAGAUAAUCUGAAACCUGAAGGGGAUAUGGAAGUCGUUCGACGAACAGAUUACUCGGUCACUCGUGGUGAUCGUGCUGAUGUUGUUAGGCAUGAAGAUCAUCUUAAAAUGGAAGGUGUUAUUGAUGUUCAUCGCACAAGAGAUGACUUCAAACGAAUUGAAAAAACAGAAAAGGUAAUUAUUCAGAGGCACGAAGAUAAUUUGAGAACGGAGGGUGAAUUUAUUGACCUUUGUACUCGUAAUGAUUACAAUGCUACCAAAGGUGAAAGGGCACCAGUGAUCAAACCUCAGGAUAAUCUGAAGCCCGAUGGCAAAUUUUAUAAGCCUGAAGUGGUUCCAUCUCAACCCGCUGAAAAACGCAAGCCUUUUAAACAUGUUGAUAAUAUUUCAAUCGACAGGGAUACUGAUAUACGCCGAAAACAAAAAAUUGAGAGAGUGGACAUUAUUCGAAGAGAGGAUAAUUUAAAAAUAGAAGGUGAAUUUAUAGACAUGAAACAGAGAAAUGAUUAUAAGAUUGUAACUGGUGAUAAGUCAACAAUUGUAAAACAUGAAGAUAAUCUUAAAAUGGAAGGAAAAAUGGAGAAUAUUCGCUCUUCAGACACAUAUCGUGUCGUUAAAGGUCAAAGAGUUAAAUUAACUCGCAGAGAAGAUAAUCUUAAAAUUGAAGGCGUUUUCGAAGACCUCUCACGCAGAGAUGACUAUAAAAUUAAUCGAGAUAAGCAAUCCGCCAUUACAUAUUAUACCAAUGAAACGAAAAAUAUUUCUGGAGAUAAAAUAUCAGAAUAUACGAAUGGCCAAAGUCCAGGACCAAAAAUACAAGACGAUAAAGGAGAUCGAAGGUCACCGAUGUCUACACCUAAAAAUAUGGAGGGUGAUUCUAUUCGACAUCCAUCACACUAUACAUCUGAAAGUGAUAAACCACUAAGACCUAGACCAACUCAAGAUAUAGGCUCAGAAGACAUAAAUCGUUCACCACAAUUCACUAAAUUGCCAGUAGGCCCUACCGAUAAAGUUAAAGAUACACGUCGAUCCAAAUGGGGUGAACCUAAGAAUACUGUGUAUCCAGACGAAGAAAGUGGUGGCAAGCCUCAUGAUUUUAAAUCUUACCCUGAAGAUAACAAUAGGCCCGAUUUAAAUCAACCUCGAAGACCCCAACAAGAGCGUACUAGUCCUAUUCGACCUAAGGAUAAUCUUUAUCCUGAAGGUGAUAUGGACGGUUCUUCACCAUCUUCAUUCAAAACUGGUAGUUAUGUUCGUCAAACAGAUAUUGCCAGACAAGAAGAUGUACAUAAAACUACGCGACAACUUAGUCCGGAAGAGAUUCGACAACCUCGUCACUUAAUAAACAAUGAAGACCAGAGAUACCAUUCUAUAACUCAUACUGAUAGCUCUAAAUAUACUGAUGAAACACAUUCUCACCGUGCUGUUAAAUCACAUGUUACUAAAACUGUAUCUAAUACACAAAAUGCUAAUUAUACGCAAAAAUCUCACUCUGAGAUACAAACUAAGCUAUCAGGUGUUGAUAAUACCACUAUAGAAAAAACUCAACACAUAAAAUCAGGGUCGGAUAUCCACGACUCCCGAUCAACUCAAAAUCGCGAACAAUCACAAAAUGACGUCAAUACAUUAUCAUCUCAAAAGACAAAUCGUAUAACAUCUCAAGAUACAGUUAAUCGUGACGAAACUGAUCGUAUGACCUCUAGACAUUCUACGGGAAGAACUGUUAAUAAAGUCGAUUCUAAAAAUAAUAAAAUUGUAUCUUCCUCAAAUAAAAUUAUGAAACAAAUUACGGAAAAGAAAUUAAUUGGUGGUAAAUGGGUAACAGUAACAAAGAAUGUUGAAGUUACCACUGUUUCUGAUGGUGACUCAAAAAUGACAAACAACAAGGGCAUUUUCGAUGGUCGUGCUGAUAUCCGUAAUAAGCAAACAAGCAGUACUAUGGGGAGUAUUAUAUCGUCAGAUCAAGUUAACAUCAAUAAUGGUAGUUCUGUUCAGCGUAACGUUUUGAAUACUACCCAUACUGUAAAAGGAAGAUCUGAUGAAAAUAGUGAUCAACAUAUUCAACAUUCUGUUUCUAGUAAUCAUUUAAGCAAAACAACAGGUCAAUCAUCACACAAAAUAAUAAGCUCUGAACAACAUUUAUCAUCUUUAACUAAUCAAGACAUAAAAAAUCAAUCUCAAAUCUGUAGUCAUGUAUCUACGGGUGUUCACUCUCAAGAAAACUUGCAUAAUACGAGUCAAUCUAGAGGAGUCAAUCGAAUUAACAGAAAUACAUCUUCAAUAACUCAAGUAAGUGACAGGCAAACGCAAAAACAUGAAAGUGGAGAAAAUAUUCACAGAAAACAUGUAAGUGAUCAGUCAACUAUAAGUCACACUACUUCAAAUCUUGACAACCGAGACUACCGUACUACACAUUCAUCUGAUCGACACGUCCAACACAGUGCAGCGUCGUCUGCUAAUAUUUCAUCUUCAAAUCACGUUGAACAUAAUAUUUCUAAGGUGUCUUCAAGUCAUCAAUCUCAUUCUAUUAAUAGAAAUCAACUGAGUGAUAGUGUAACAAAGACAAGCAUUGAGUUCCAGAGAGCGAUGCAUGGUGGAGGAGACGUUCCUAUAGCCUCCGUAGAUAAAACGUCACGUUCUGGUCACCAUAAGCGUACAUCGGAUUUAGUUUCGGAUAUGACAAGUACAAAUGCAGUACUUCAUCGUAAGGGUGUUACAUCGACAACAGAGGCCCAACACUCAAUAAGUUCCACUGCUGCUGCUCAAAGAAAAAGCAUUACUAAUCUUAAUGAAUGUGGAGAAUAUAUAAGCAAUUCAACCCACAGUGCUGAUAGAAAAAGUAUCAGUUCUAUGCAUCGAUCUGGUCGCGAAAAUGUAGCUGUAAUAUCACAACAUACUGAAAAUGAUACUCGUCGUCAGCAAAAGAGAGAUGGUCAAUCUACAAUGGUUGUUGAUCGUCAACCACGUGUGGUUGUAAGAGAUAAUCUCCGAGUAGGCGGUGAGUUUUAUGGUCAGUCUGAGGCGCGUUCCUAUGGAAGUUUCUCAAGAUCCAAUCAAGUGGAGCGGACAGAGAGAAAUGAGCGUAUAGAAAAAGUUGAACGACAUGUGCGACAUGGUACCACUUCGUCCUUUGUCUUAGGUGAUGGUGGUACUAGUUAUAAGCGUGAAUAUACAGCCCACGUUCAUGGAACUUGCCCUGCUACGUUGAUCGAAUCGCCGCGUACUCCAUUCAAACACUCUCGCGACUCCCGUGAGCAUAAAUUCUAUACAUCGAAAACCACUCCAAAAACGCCUCAGUAACUUCGACUGUAUUGAACUAACAAAAACCUGUAUCAUUCCUUAUUAUUUGGAACAUUAUACUGAACUAAGUUUUAUAUUAUUAUUAUUUUUAUUAAUCUAACAUUACUAGACUUAAAAAUGUAAUGUGCCUUUUAAUAAAUUAUAUCUAAUAAUGCG